AAAUAUCAAUAUAAUAUUAUCCUCCCACAUUUAAAUAUCCAAAACGCAUUUGACGAAAUUCACAACGCAUUUUGAAGACGUCUCAAGAAUUUUCCUGACUGGCAAUCGCGUGAGACCUAGUAAUUAAGGCAUCCGAAAGUUUAUAAAUAGCGAUUUCUUCUACCUGAUCCUCCUACCAAUGACUUCCCCAGAUAGGAAAGGUAAGGCGACGACAGAAAAAUCCUCCCCACUUCCUUCGCUCCCGGAUGAUUUGCUGUUGACUUGCUUCGCGCGCGUCUCCACAUUGCACUACCCAACACUCACCCUCGUCUCCAAGAGAUUUCAAUCACUCAUCGCCUCACCAGAGCUGUACAAGAUCCGAUCCACGUUAGGCCGCACUCAGAGUUGUCUCUAUGUGGGCUUUGGUUCCGAUCAUGACCCUAACCCUCGAUGGUUCACUCUCUGCCUGAAACCAGACCGAAACGUGACUAACGGGUCAAGUGGGAAUGUUUUGGUUCCAACCGCGGUUCCCCAUUCUGCUCCUCCGCACUGGUCUGGUCUUAUUAGCGGACCUUCGAAUGAUAUCUACAACAUCGGCGGCCCGCUUGACGAUGCGCCAUCGUCAAGCGAGCCGGGAAACAUGUGGGUGGACCCAAUGGUCGACAUCCUUGACAGAAAGAUAUAUGUAACAAGAGGGUGCAAUCCAAACACUCAAACUUGGGACGUCUCUGGUCCUCCCGCUUUUGUGAGCUUAGUGGUUAGAAAAAAAGUUUACACGUUUGGAUCCUCUGGUGAUUCGGCUUACAAACCCAAAGACGGUCAGUGGGAAAGGUUUUGGGGUUGGAAACCGAGUUUGGGAUGGUUUUCUUGUUGCGUGAUUGACAAGGUACUGUACCGUUACCGUUCUGGAGAGUUCAAAUGGUAUGACACCAAGGCAGGGCACUGGAAGAAGUUAAAGGGUUUGAAAGGACUGCCUAAGUUUGUCAGUUACGGUUUUCAGUUGGUUGGUUAUGGUGGGAAGUUGGCGGUUGUGUGGGCUGAGCUUGUGCCUAACGGUGGCGAUAAGAAAAAGGUUGUUUGGUGUGCGGUGAUUACGCUUGAGAGGCCUAAUAAGAGUGGCGAUGAGAUUUGGGGGGAGAUCGAGUGGUGUGACGUAGUGUGUACAGUCCCCAAGUCUUAUCAAUUGGAGUAUGCUCUUGAUACUACUCUCUGAUCAAUCAGACAAUCACAUUACAUAACAGGUUAAUUUUUUAUUUUAUUUACUGAUUGUUGAUUCUCCUGCAAUUAAAUUCAUUUCACUUGUAUCUUCCAUAGAAAAGAAGAACCAAAACAAGAUAUUCAUUUGAUUCAAGAGUGUUUUGCCUUGAACUGUACAACAAAUAAUUGUCUCUCUGUUUCUUUGUACUUCA